CAACAUGGCCGACGCACCCCGGACUGUACUGAUCUCAGGCUGCUCGUCGGGAAUUGGCCUGGAGCUCGCAGUACAGCUGGCUCAUGACCACAGGCAGCGCUACCAAGUGGUGGCCACCAUGAGGGACCUGGGAAAGAAGGGGGCACUGGAAGCAGCUGCUGGAGAGGCUCUGGGGCAGACCCUCACCGUGGCCCAGCUGGACGUGUGCAGUGACGAGUCAGUGGCCCAGUGUCUCAGCUGCAUCCAGGGAGGGGAAGUGGACGUGCUGGUGAAUAAUGCUGGAGUGGGCCUGGUGGGGCCCUUGGAGGGGCUCAGCCUAGCUGCCAUGCAGAACGUCUUCGACACCAACUUUUUCGGGGCUGUGCGUCUCGUCAGAGCUGUGCUUCCUGGCAUGAAGAAAAGGAGAAAGGGCCACAUUGUGGUGGUCAGCAGUGUGAUGGGGCUGCAGGGUGUCGUGUUCAAUGAAGUCUACGCAGCCUCCAAGUUCGCCCUGGAGGGAUUCUUUGAGAGCCUGGCUGUCCAGCUGCUGCAGUUCAACAUCUUCAUCACCCUGGUGGAACCUGGUCCAGUGGUCACUGACUUUGAGGGGAAGCUCCUGGAGCAGGUUUCCACGGCCGAGUUCCCAGACACUGACCCUGACACCUUGCACUACUUCCGAGAUUUCUACCUCCCAGCCUCCAGGGAGCUCUUUCGCUCUGUAGGGCAGAGCCCACAGGAUGUGGCCCAGGUCAUCGUCAAGGUCAUCAGUUCACCCAGACCCCCCCUGCGCCGACAGACCAACGCCCGCUACACCCCGCUGGCUGCACUCAAGGCUGUGGACCCCUCCGGCAGCCUUUACGUGCGCACCUCCCACCGCCUGCUCUUCCGCUGGACGCGCUUCCUCAACCUUGGCCUCCGAUGUCUGGCCUGUGGCUGCCUCCGCAUCCGAAUAUGGCCCCGGUGAGCAGAGCUUCACCCGCCUCCCCCCCCACCAUGGUCAGGGCUGGGGCAGAAAGAGGGAGCCUUGGACCCUGGGCUGAGGAGCCCAGAGUAGGGAGGCCGGAGCUGUGUCUGGGAAGGU